UCCAACCAAAUCAAAACAUGGCGGCAGGGUCGAGCCAGGUCAGCACCGGCUCGGUCUCGGUUUUCAACACCGCUCCUGACUAUGAGUUGACAGACAUAAAUACAAAAUCUUUCAACGUCGGUUCCUUCGGCAGUCUGUGGCGAGAGAAACUGAAGAAGAUGGAUCUAGCACUGGAUAAUAACGAGGAAGUGGAGAUGGGGCAGCAGAUGGUUGACGAGCUGGGCCUCCCGAUGGACAUGGUGGAAGAACUGCAGAUGGUGUGCGGCAUAGAUACGCUGGAUUGCUCAGAGAAGACACCCAGUACAGAUGUCAUUCCACAAGAUACAGAUUUGAUCACAUUACAAAUUCGAAAGAAAGUAAUUGAAAAGAGAGAGGAACGAUUGGUAUGUGACCGUACUUGUCGGCAAGAAAUGUUUGCACAUGAACAUGAAAUGCGGACUGUGGGAAGGAAGCCCAAUAAUCCAGAAGAUUUAGUUCCAGUGGGAGAGAUCAUCCUAACUAUUAAUGUGUACUCCCCUGUUAUAUGUACCAAGCACAGAGAGAAGAAACCCCAUCAUACCAUGCUUGUUCUGGGUAGUCAGAAACUUACAGAACUAAGGGAUGCUAUUUCAUGUGUCAGUGAUCUUCAGAUUGGUGGGGAGUGCAGCAACACACCAGAUCUAGCUCCAGAACAUAUUAGCAAGGACUUGUAUAAAUCAGCAUUUUUCUUCUUUGAAGAAACCUUCUAUAAUGACUUGAGAUAUUCUGAAUGCAGAGAUCUGAGCAGAACCAUUAUUGACUGGGUAGAGUCUCACGACAGAGGUUAUGGCAAGUUUCGUACAGCUAAAAUGGAGAACUACACUUUCAAUGAAAUGUGUAUUAAAGUUGGCUACCCAUACUUGUAUUGUCACCAAGGUGAUUGUGAGCAUCUCGUCAUCAUCACAGAUAUCAGACUUGUCCAUCAUGAUGAUUGCCUAGAUAAGACAUUGUACCCGUGCGUUAUCAAAAAACCCUGGAUGUGGACUCGGAAGUGCUCAGUUUGCAAGUUAUUUAUAGUCAGGUGGGUGACCAACAAUGAUAGUUUUGCCCCUCAGGAUCCAUGCUUUUUCUGUGACACGUGUUUCAGAAUGCUUCACUACGACACUGACGGGAAUAAAUUGGGAGAAUUUCUUGCAUAUCCCUAUGUUGAUCCUGGAGUGUUUAAUUAAACCUUGUCUUAAGAGUCUGUUUACUGUGGGAUAAUGAAGUAUUAUCUGACUGGUGAAAAGCUUUUGACUGUGCCAAAUAGUGUAAAGUGAAAAAAUUAAACACUCGUGCAUGUAACCACCUUCAGUAUUGCCAACAUGGCAUAAAUGCUCAUGUUAAAUUACAGAGUAACUGUUCUUGUAGUAAACUUGAAAAUUUUAAACUGACAGAUUUUGAAGUAUUAUUGAAGGAAAUUUGUCAUUUCAUCAAACCAACUUAAUUUUACAAAAAUAUUUGCUGGAAGAACUGGAUUUAACAGUGGGCUGGAAGCAUAUUUAACUUGUGCUACAAGCUUCAAACCCAGAGUAAUACAGUAAAUGCUGAAGGAACUCUGCAAGUCAGGGAGUAUCUAAGGAGGGUCAUAAGCGGUCAACCCAGCCUGGACUGCAGGCAUCUGUCAACUGAUUUUGGAUCAUACCCUCUGCAGGGCCUGGCCAGUAUAUUUCUGUAAUCAAAAACCUCAAGCAUGAUGUGAUCGAACUUUACACCAUUUCAGUUAUUUAUUCCUUUGAAACCAAGGUAGAAGGAUGUUUUUAAAAAGUAGAGAAAAUGUUACCCGAGUUGCCUUAUGGGGAGGUAUCUAAAAUAAUACCAUGUGGGCGCCGGGCAAGAUGGUCGCACGUUAGCGGAGCUCCUACAACCCACCAUGAAAUUCUGUAAAUUAGAGCAUAUUUAUCCCGCCUUGUCCGGAUACAGCUGUCCUGCAGUUAGAAACUGUUUGUUUUCUUCACUAAGUGCUAAUAAAAACUUUGUGAGAUAACUGUACAAUGUCAAGACCUUCUAAGAGCGCUACAACGAGCUGCGUGGCUACAAGACAGAGCCCACAAUCCGAAGUUCAAGCCACACUAACGACACAGGCGGACCAAGGCUCCAACAUGGAGAAUUUACUGGCUGAGGUUAGUGUGACGAGAAUACACAUAAAAUUAAGAUGUUUGCUGGCCUGGGUUAGCAUCAGUGACAUCAGCAAGUGGUCUGCCACCUGCCCUCAGGGGAAGGAGAGAUAAGGAACAAUGGAGCAGCGUCUGGAGAUGUGUAAUGAAGGAACGGGGGAGAGAGAGCUGUCUGGAGCGGCUCCCCCCUUUGAACCUUAAACUGUUUAAAGUGAUGGACAGGCGAUACCCCAGCAGGGGGAUAAAAAGGGACUGGUUCGCUAAGACAGGGACACACGCCACCCGAGGUAACGAGACCCUGGAAGCGGUGCGCCUCUCACGAGUGGGUGAGAAGCACCAGACAACGACAAGGGUGGAAAGGUGCGAUCAGCGGGAACCCGGUGUGUGUCCGCCUUUGCCUGGGUGCCGGGUUCACUGCAGAGGAUCGACCGCAUCUGGAAGAGGGGUCACAGUCGGUGACCUCAGGUGACAUCACCAAGGACCCGCCCAAAAGUUGCUUGUGAGCAAUCUCGCCGGUCUGUGAGUGAAGCAGUGUCUGAAUGAUCAGUUGUUCCUGUUCUAUCUCUCUCUUCCCCCACGUUGUCCAUCGCCAUGGCAACGAUUACUGCGAACUGAACUACUAAACUUGACUGAACUUUGAGUCACUUUGAAAUUUGGUCAUUUACCCCUAGACAACGAUAGAGCUUGAUUGAUGCUGUUAUCUUAAUUCUGUGCACGUGUGUUUAUCAUCGCUGAACUGUUGCAUUUAUUAUCCUUUCGAUUACUGUGUUGCUUGUUUCUUUAAUAAAACU